GAGAAGUUAAAAAAUGUAUUAGUCGACUGUGUAUUAUCGUCAUAUUCGUGGUAUACGAUAAUCUGUAUACGUGUCUUGUUAUUAGAUAUAAGGUUUCAUCAGAAAGAGUAUCUUUUAAGAGAGUCGAACAUGUGCAAUCUCAUCGUGAGAAUACAUACGAAUACGUUUAUAUUCAUUACGGCACGCUUGACGACGACAACUAAGCAUUGAAAAUGUCUAAAAUUUUCCAACAGUGACGAGAAAAAGUAAAUUAGACAAACGUUGUUAAAUCGAUGAAAUUGAAAUCAAUUUAUUGUAACUCCAAUAUCACCGUUAAUUUAUAAUUUAUAAUUUAUAAUUACAAAUUAAUUUAUAUUGUCGUUGUUAUUAUUAUGUACAUCAACUGCAACAGUACAACAAAAAUAACAGUAACGUGAGGUCCAUAGACUUUUCCUAUGUAUAAAUUUGUGCUGAAGUGAUCAAUCGAGUUAUUUAUAGUAAAAAUAAGCAGAAAUGGAGCAGAAAAGGGUUUACAAGGUCGUGCUUACUGGAGGGCCAUGUGGAGGAAAAACCACAGGUCAGACACGCCUCUGCACGUUUUUUGAAAAUAUGGGAUGGAAGGUAUUCCGUGUUCCCGAGACAGCGACUGUCCUGCUCAGUGGCGGUAUCAAGUUUUCUGAUCUCACAGAUGAAGAUAGAUUCAAAUUUCAAGAAAAUCUGCUAAAAACCAUGAUACAAAUUGAGAAUACUUUCUUCACAUUGGGUGAAAGCUGCAAAAGAAACUGUCUGAUCAUUUGUGAUCGUGGAGCUAUGGACGCAUCAGCAUUUAUACCAAAAGAAAAAUGGGAUUUAAUGUUAGCCACAAAUGGUUGGAAUAAUGUAGAACUUCGAGAUAAUCGAUACAAUCAAAUAAUUCAUAUGGUGUCUGCUGCUAAUGGUGCUGAAGACUUUUAUUCAACAGAGGAACAUGCUUGUCGUUCAGAAGGAGUAGAAUUGGCACGAGAAUUAGAUUACAAAGCAGCAGCUGCUUGGAUUGGUCAUCCCUAUUUUGAUGUCAUUGACAAUUCUCAAGAUUUUGAGUCCAAAAUUUGUCGCAUGAUUGAAUGUGUUUGCCAAAAGCUUGGUAUUGAUACGGGUGAUCGAUUACGUGCAAGUAGUCGAAAGGUUAAAUUUCUCGUUAAAGGCCCAUUGCCACCAGAUAGCGAAUUUCCACCUUAUCAAGAUUUUGAUGUUGUACACAAUUAUCUGCAGACAAGAACACCAAGCAUGCAAGCCCGGUUACGAAAACGUGGGCAAAAGGGUCAUUGGUCGUACAUCCACACUAUUAGAAGACCUAAAAUUUGCGGCCAAGUUGUGGAGGUCAAGACACAACUUACUCAUCGAGAUUACUUGAACAUGCUUGCUCAACGAGAUGAUGCGCAUUUUACCAUAUUUAAGCGCAGACGAUGUUUUUUAAUUAAUAAUCAGUAUUUUCAAUUAGAUAUUUACCGAGAACCAGGACAUCCACGAUGUCGAGGACUUUUAUUGCUAGAGACUUACACAGCAUUAACAGGCGACAAUCUCAAGAGUAUUCUACCAAAUUUCUUAUCCAUCGAAAAGGAUGUGACUGGCAAUCCAGACUACAGUAUGUUCAAUUUAAGCUUGCGGGAAGAAUGGAAUGUCAUUGGCAGUAAAUACUGUUAUUAUUUACAAGGAAUGGCCAAUGGAGAAGAUGGUGAUAGUAACGAUAGUAUUCUACGACCUAUUACUACAAGAACAACUGAUAAAAAGCGAGACAAAUCUUGUGAAAAUUUGGAUACUGAUGUUUCACAAAAAACAAUAAAUAAGGUCAAUGGUAUUACGGGUAUUCGUAAAUUAAAUGGUAAUAAUGAUAAAAAUUGUGGCUGUGAGAAAAAAAUCAAUUAUUGUAUGUUUUCAAAAAUUACUGAAGUCACUAAUCAUAAAAAUGGUGAUGGAAAUGAUAGCAAUAUUGAUGAAAAAUUACUGAAAAAAAAUAAUAAAGAUGCUAACAACAAAAUCGCCAUUAAUAAUAAUGAUAAUUGUCUUGACUCCAGUAAUAAAAUCUCUGAAGGAAAGAUCUGAUGAAUGGUGCGGUUAUAGAUCGUGCUAAUUAUAAAUUUUUGCCGAGUAGUAUUUUUCAUUUUGCUAUAAAAAGAAUAUUGGCUUUAGUGUGUGUCAAUGUAUUUCAAUUAGUAAUUUAUUUAUCGAAAUUGAUGAAAAAGAGUAUUUUAUUGUUACCAUUAUUCAUCAUAUCGCAUUUUCAACUCUUGGCAAGUUUAAUAGUUUUUAAUUUAAAAUUUUGAAAAAAUAAACUUGUUUUAUUACAUUUUCAUUUAAAACAUUAAGGACAAUUACUUAUUAGGAAUGAUCGGAAAAAUAUUUAUUUAUUCAUUUGUUAUUCAAUGUAUAACAUACUGAUCAUGCUACAUUACUUUACCGAAAGUAUUGAGAAAGAUGACGACACCGGUGUCGAUAAAAUAAAAAAGUAAAUGAAAUAAA